AUGUCGACUGGGAGCGUGUGUUCGCUCGACCGUGAUCGAGUAUUCGGUACUUGGAUCGGGAACCAGAGUAUGGUAACCGUUCUAUCGAAGGAAAGGCAAUCACAUGCGUACUGGGAAGGUCGGAUCGGAGAAGAUCUCGAACCUACUGGAAGAGAAAUGAGGGUGCAGAUCAGAGAGAGAUCAUAUGCACCGGGAAUGGACCGAGAGGCGAUCCAGAGUGGACAACCUCGCCUUACUGAGAGCCAGAAGGCCACCUUCGAACUAUACUUAUUUAGUGGGGAUGGCAAUAGGGUCCAAGACCGUAUGAUCUGUCCGCUGGGCAUUAAACGGUCGGAUUUGACCGGCGAGCAUGCCUUGGGAAAGGCUUAUGCGAGGAAAUGGCUUUUAGCCAAGAGGUUCGGCAGGGAACAAGGGGCUGAAUCUGAGACCCUGCGACCACGGCUAAGGAAAACCGGGUCGGAGUGUUUCACCGAGCUUGCAGAGUCUUUCGGUGUCAACAAGAAAAAAACUCUCUUUCACUAG